GUACAUGACGAAGGCGCUGGGCGGCUGGCACGUGCCGCUGCUGCUGCUGGUCCAGCUGGCGUGGCAGGCGCUGCAGAUCGGAUCUGACUGGUGGCUCGCCACGUACAGCUCAGCAGACUCGGGAAACAGCUCAGCAGGGGCAGGCUACACGUCAGCAGGAACGGGGUACACGUCAGCAGGGGCUGAAUACAGCUCUGCAGCGGCCGGGUUAAGUAGCAGUGUUCUGAGCAACCUCACCUCUGCUCUCUCCUCUCCUUUCGCCUCUAAUCUCUCCUCCUCCCUCACCCCAUCCCUCUCCUCCCCCUCCUCCUCCUCUCUCUCCUCCUCUUUCUCCUCCUCCCUUUCAUUCCUUACCCCCUCAACCAUCACCCCUUCGGCCUUCAUGAGGCUGUACUCGUUAUUAGCUCUGGGCAGCGGCGUGUUUGUGCUUUUAAGAACAGCCGUCAUAUCGUGGGCCGGGGUGCUGACCACGCAGGCGUUCUUCAGAGGCAUGCUGCAGUCCGUCUUCCGCGCCCCCAUGGCGUUCUUUGACUCAACACCUAUCGGAAGGAUCUUAUCGAGGGCCUCCACAGACCAGAGCGCCCUGGACUUGGACCUGCCAUUCGAGUUCGGGUCUCUCCUCGCCAUGCUGUUCCAGCUGCUGGGCAUCCUCUUCGUCACCUCCAUCAUCACAUGGCCGGUGUUCUACGCCAUCAUCCCCCUGGCGUACCUCUACUUCUCCUUCCAGGAGUACUACCUGACAACAUCUAGGGAGCUUUCCCGCCUGAAUGGCGUCACCAAGGCACCCAUCAUCGAACAUUUCAGCGAGUCCCUGUCAGGGGCAGCGGUCAUCCGCGCAUUCGCCCAGCAGCCCCGCUUCGCUCAUAAGAACGCCGAGAGGGUCGACACCAACAACCGAGUGGCCUUCCACUAUGGCGCCUGCACCGUGUGGCUGGGCGUUCAUUUGGAGCUAUUGGGAGCUCUGCUGCUCUGUUUCUCGGCGCUCAUGCUCGUAUGGCUGCCUCCCUCGGUCAUUUCGCCAGGCCUGGCCGGCAUGUCUCUCUCCUACGGCCUCGCCCUCUCUCAAGGCCUCUUCUACGUGGUCUGGAUCUGGUGCGCGCUCGAGAACCAGAUGGUCUCAGUCGAGCGCAUCCUUCAGUUCUCCCACCCAAACGUCCCUCCUGAGGCCCCCCUCACAAUCCCGGCCCACCGCCCCCCCUCCUCCUGGCCCUCCCUCGGCGCCAUCACCUUCGAAAACCUUCAAAUUCGGUACCGGCCAGACCUCCCCUUGGUCCUCAAAGGCGUGUCUCUGCAGAUCGACGGUGGGGAGAAGGUGGGGGUGGUGGGGCGCACCGGCAGUGGAAAAUCAACGCUUGUCGUGGCGUUGUUUCGGCUGGUCGAGCCGACCGCCGGCCGGGUGGUGAUCGAUGGGGUGGAUACGAGUAGGAUCGGUUUGACGGACCUGAGGAGCAGGCUUGCGAUCAUACCGCAAGACCCGACCCUGUUUCAAGGGUCAGUUCGGAUGAAUGUGGAUCCGGCUGGAGAGUACAGCGAUGGGGAGAUCUGGGAGGCGCUGGACAGGUGCCAACUGGGGGAGGUGGUUCGCGGCAUGGAGGAGAAGCUCGAGGCGCAAGUGGUGGAAGGUGGGGAGAACUGGAGUGUGGGGCAGAGGCAGCUCUUCUGCCUGGGGCGGGCCCUGCUGAAGCGCACUCGCAUCCUGGUGCUCGAUGAAGCGACAGCGUCCGUUGAUUCGGCGACCGACGCCGUGAUCCAACGGACGAUAAAGGAGAGCUUUGGCGACGCCACAAUCAUCAGCAUCGCCCAUCGGAUCGCCACAGUCAUUGACAGCAGUAAAGUGGUGGUCAUGGAGCAAGGCACUGUAGCUGAGUGUGACAAGCCAGCCAGGCUCCUAGAGGACAAGGCGUCCAUGUUUUCACGCCUUGUAGCUGAAUACUCUGCUCGCUCCACUGACAUGGCGGAUGUUGCAAGGAGCAUGUCCAUAGAUAAUCUGGAAGCAGUGGGUAGAGAGUCAUCCACAUCAUGACACAACUCUUCAGAAAUGCUUGCCGAAUCAUGCGUCUUACCCUCAUGUAUUGAGGUACGGUACAUGUUACUCGCUCUGCAUCCCGUUUCGCGGACCCGUGACUUGCGUUGAUCAGCAACACAAGUGUAACAUUAUUUCAUUAAUGGCUUGGAAUGGAAUGGAACCCUU